UGUUCCGAUCUCUCCACCCGAGUCCCGUCACCUCCCUCGCUGCGCUUGUCGCUCCUCUCUCCCGAGCUCCUCCUCGUCCUCCUCCUCCUCGUCCUCGCAAAACCCUAGGGGUCGCGGGGGUGGGAGAUGACGAUCGACGACGAGAACUCCAUCUACGUGGGUGGGCUCCCCUACGACGCCUCCGAGGAGAGCCUACGCCGCGUCUUCGACCUCUACGGCGCCGUCGUCGCCGUUAAGAUAAUAAAUGAUCGGCAAGUUGGAGGAAAAUGUUAUGGCUUUGUUACCUUUACCAACCCAAGGUCUGCUGUUGACGCUAUCGCAGACAUGAAUGGCAGGACUAUUGGUGGAAGAAUUGUCCGAGUUAAUGAAGUUCUGACAAGAGGUGCAAGGCCAAAUUUUUAUCGUGAAAAUUUCGGGAGGGAUGAUGAUUUUGACAAGGGCAGGGAUAGAGAAAGGAAUUAUAAUCGCGACAGAGAACGGUAUCAUGAGAGACCCAACGAGAGGUCUCGUGAGCGCGAUAGAGACAGAGAGAGAGAUUACGAGCGGCCCCACGACUUUGAUCGGUUGAGAGAUCGUUCUGUGGAUCGAGGACGAGAUCAUGAUGAUCAUGAUCACGAACAUGCAAGGGAUCUUGAUCGAGAUUGGGAAAGGGAGCGAGAAAUGGAGAAAGACCAUGAGAGAGAAAUAGAUAAAGCCAAAGGUUAUGAUAGUGGGAGAGAAAAGAAUAAGGAGCAACAGCCAAGGAACAGGUUGAGUGUUGGCCGUCUGAAUGAUCAUCAAAGCAGAGAGUUGUCACCAAAUUCUAGUGAUGAUUAUCAAGAUCAGGUGAAAGAGCAAUUGGAUGGAUCCAUUCAGAAGCUUGAUGAGCUUCAAAAGGAGGUUACUCUGAUUAAAGAUAAGGUUGACUCAAAGCAACAACUUGUUUCUGAUUUGCAGAAGAAGUCUCAGAAUUUAGAGGAUGCAUUGGCUGCUGUAAAGAAAGUUACCUCUCAACGACGGUCAAUGCUAGCAAAGCUGCGAAGAGUUUAUUUACAAGUUCACGACUAUACUGAGAAGGUCAAAAUAACCGAAAAGGAACUUCAGUCUCUUGUUGAUGUUGCCAUUGCCGAAGUUGAUGUGGGCGAGGAUGCUCCUGCUAAAGAUGGAUUAGCUUAUGGUAAUGGCUUGGUAUGAAAAUUCCUCCCUGUUGAUCAUCAUUGUUGUUUAUCUACAAAUGGAAAUUUCGAGUUUGGUAAGCUUUAAUGCAAAUUUAUACACUCAUGCGCGCUUUGUAAUAGAGCUUUCAAUGACUCUUUGUUCAUUACUUUGCACAAUGUAGCUCAAUAACAUCUUUUCUUUCGUUGCAUUUUACGGCAAGAAUGGCAGCAAAUGUGUCUAAUAGUCUGGCGCAGCAUCUAUACAGCCUUUUCCAAUUUGUUUAGUCAAAAUUUAGUGUUAAAAGCUUA